GAUGGCGCUGGUGGAAAUUUGGGAAUGUGCGGUCAAGAUUUCUCCCGGGUUGAGUUGAGCUCGGACAGGACGCGAGACUGACUGCAUCUGUGAGCGAACAGUAAGAUUCAGGUCACUCCCUACAACACAGAUGGUGCCGAGCCUCAGUGAUGGAUGCUGGAGUAUCAGGCGGUUCCGCAGAGCGGAGAGAUGCAUGUGGAAGUCUUUAUCGUACCAGCCGAUUGGCAGUUCAUCAGAGCACUGCGGCCUUUUUGCAGUAACUCAUAGCCGGAUAAGCUGGGCUAAGAGAGAACACAGAAGGUUCAGAAGUGAAGAGCAGGCAGCGGAUAGGAAGUGGAGAUUGCAACGUGAGGACAGUGUCUCGGACCACAGCCACACUUCCUCCAACAAACGCUGCAGCAGUCACACAGCUGGUUUCUAAUCAGGCCAGUCAUUACGUUUGACCCCUCAGGUGUUGGGAGCCGUUUAGUCACGACGGACAGACAUUACUGAGAAACUUCGGCCACCCUUGAGAGAAAACAUCACUUUUGUAUUCACACCUGUUAUCAAACCUCAGCAGAUUCCUUCAUUAUAUUUUUGUUUUGUAAUCACUGACCAAACCCUCUCCCAUGGGAGUAACAUAGAGACCAGCCCAGCACAGACACUCUCUGCUCUCUUUCUUUCUCUCUCGCAUUCACACGCACUCACUCAUCUGCACCGUGUUCAGGAUGCCCUCCUCCUCCAGCGUGAUUAGCUGGGGAAGGACGCGGCUCUUGUGGUGAUUGGAGGGGGGAGCGGAGCAGAGCUGGACCCAUGUCGUGGAAGCGGAACUACUUUGCUUCAGGCAGCAGCGGGCUGCAGGGGAUGUUUACCCCACGCACCAUGACCUCCAUCGCUCCCAGCAAAGGCCUGAGCAAUGAGCCGGGUCAGAACAGCUGCUUCCUAAACAGCGCGCUGCAGGUCCUUUGGCAUCUUGACAUCUUCCGCCGAAGCUUCCGUCAACUGAACACCCACAAGUGCAUGGAGGACUCGUGCAUCUUCUGCGCUCUGAAGAGCAUCUUCGCCCAGUUCCAGUUCAGCAGUGAGAAGGUGCUCCCAUCGGACGCUCUGCGCAGCGCUCUGGCCAAAACCUUCCAAGACGAGCAGCGCUUCCAGCUGGGCAUCAUGGACGACGCGGCCGAGUGUUUCGAGAAUCUUCUGAUGCGGAUCCACUUCCACAUCUCGGAUGAGACCAAGGAGGACAUCUGCACGGCCAAGCACUGCAUCCCACACCAGAAGUUUGCCAUGACACUUUUCGAACAGUGUGUUUGUAAUAAUUGUGGAGCCACGUCGGAUCCUCUCCCCUUCAUUCAGAUGGUGCACUACAUCUCCACCACCUCUCUCUGCUGCAGUAACCAAGCUGUGCGAAUGCUGGAAUGUAAGGAGAAGCCCACGCCUGACAUGUUUGGAGAGCUUCUUCGCAACGCCAGCACCAUGGGCGACCUGCGAAACUGUCCGAGUAACUGUGGCGAGAUGUUGCGGAUUCGGCGGGUUCUGAUGAACUGCCCGGAGAUCAUCAGCAUCGGCUUGGUGUGGGACUCGGAUCACUCUGAUCUUGCCGAAGACGUCAUCCACAGCCUGGGCACGUGCCUGCGGUUGGGUGAUUUGUUCUACCGUGUGACGGAUGAGCGGGCCAAGCAAUCGGAGCUCUACCUUGUGGGCAUGGUUUGCUACUACGGCAAGCAUUACUCCACCUUCUUCUUCCAGACCAAGAUACGCAAGUGGAUGUACUUCGAUGACGCACAUGUGAAGGAGAUCGGACCCAAGUGGAAGGAUGUGGUGUCGAGAUGUAUAAAAGGCCACUACCAGCCGCUCCUGCUGCUGUACGCUGACCCCAGAGGGACGCCAGUGUCAUCGCAGGACAUGCUGGCAGCGCAGCUGGACCUGCACCACAGCAGCAAAGCCGGCUAUGACAGCGAAGACUCCGGGAGGGAGCCCUCAAUUUCAAGUGACACACGCACAGACUCUUCCACAGACAGCUACAGCUACAAGCACUCUCGAUCACACCAUGAGUCCAUGGCCUCCCAUUUCUCUUCUGACUCUCAGGGAACUGUGGUGUGUAAUCAGGACAGCAGCGGUUCCCAGAACAGCGUGGACACUGCAGGGGAGGUUCUUAAAGACCAGGCCACUCCUCUUUGUACGCCAAGGCCCUCUUCUACUGGCCAUCUGCAGGACUAUAAAGAGACUGUGAAUAUGAUCCACAGCAGACCCCUCUCAUCGUCCUCUAGCUCAGGGGUGGGUGGCUCAGAGGCUGGGGCGCGGGCGAGGGAUUGGGAAGACGAGAGCACCAGCAGCGAGUCCAAGUCCAGCUCCAGUGGAGGGCGUUAUCGCCCCACAUGGAGACCUAGAAGAGAAGCCCUGAACAUUGACAGUAUCUUCAGCCGGGAAAAGCAUCGGCCGGCCGGCUACGCCACGCUCGGACCUUCCCCGCUACCGGAGGACCCGAUGUCACCAGGGCACAGUGAACUGGUCUCAGUGGCUGCGGCAGAGGGGUCAAACAUUGCAGCAGCAGAGAUGGCGGGCUUGACCGAUGGCUCAGUGGGCGUGCCAGAAACGGGAGUGGAGCAUCUACCGAUCCCGCCACCUUUAAGAGGCGUGGAACAGCAGCCUCGGCUGAUCCAGAGGAUGGAGAGCGGCUAUGAAAGUAGUGAGAGGAACAGCAACAGCCCCAUCAGCAUGGACAUGCCUCUCAGCGACAACCCCAGCACCAGUGCUCACAGGGACAGUAGCAGUAAGAGACCCGUGACUUCUGGGCCCUCCUGGCGGACAGUGCCCAAGUCCAAAAGCAGCAGUGCCAUCCUGCAAGACCUCAAAUCACCCACCUGGAGCAGCACUCCACUGAGUUUAGGAGAAGGGCGCAGCGAGCUGGAUGAAUUGCAAGAGGAAGUUGCUCGCAGGGCCAGGCAGCAGGAGCUCCAGAGGAAGAAGGAGAAGGAGAGAGAAGCAGCGCAGGGCUUCAACCCCAGACCUAGCAAGUUCAUGGACCUAGAUGAACUUCAGCACCAGGGGAAGGGGGGCAGUUUUGAGCACUGCCUGGCGGAGGCUGACUCUCUCUUAGAGCAGUCGCUGCGCCUGGAGCAAGCUGGGGAUACAGCUACAGCCCUGGCGCUCUCCCACCAUGCUGUGUCUAAACUAAGAUUUUCCAUGCAUGAGGGCAGUGCUAACACUCAUAGCAGGACUAUGGCUGCUGACGCCAAGCUGCAAAAAUGCAUGAGGAGAGCGCGGGGCCUACAACAGCGCAUGCAGCAACAGCAAGAACAGCAGCAGGAGCCCAGCCGCCCACAGGGGCCCACCAGUGAACAGCCUGGCCCGGUCCAAGUAUUGUUGACAGACAAUCAGGAAGAGGUCUGGGAGACCAAUCAGGAUUCUGUGCUUGGCCCACCCUCUCCUCAACACAUGAAAUCACCCUCCUCUUGUACAAACUCCCCAUCUCAACCCUCUAGCCACCCAUCGCUCAAUCCCCGGCCUGCCUCUUCUCAGCCACAGCCCCAAGAGCGUGAUGAACGCAGCAACUGGUCGACCCAGAAUGAGGACGAAUGGGGUGGCAUCAGAUUAUCAGAUGUUCUCCAAGCAUCAGGCAUUCGGAUCAUGCCCAUACGCAAACACCUUGCCAUAUCUCUACCCUCCUUGCCUCUUGACUUCUGGGGUGUAUUGGGAGAGGACGAAGAGGUCUCCAGCUGUCAGCACGCUCAAUCUCCAAAUCCUCCUUUGUGGCAGGGCACUGCGGAUAGUUCAGACCGGAUACCCCAAUCCAGCGAUCCCAGUCCAGCUGUUGAGGAGAAGGCGCCAGUGCCCCGACGAGCCCCCCUUUGGCAACCCCUGUCUGGAUCUUCCCAGCCAUGCACCAAAUUGACCCCUCCUGUCGCUGCCCGUCAUUGGUCCUCUUGGAGCCUAGACCGUCCUGACGCUGUUGUCAGCCCCUACGACACACCUCCUGACCAGAACCAGCGGAUGGGACCUACCCUCUCUCAACACACACCUGGAAGACACCUUGCUCCUCACAGUCCCAUGAGCACCAGGAAGAAGAACAUCCCUAAGUACUCAAACUUCCAGAGCAUGGAGUUGGAACCUACAGAGGCAGAGGACCAGGAACUUUCUGAAUUGGAUUCACUUUACCAGGCCAGUCUGCAGGCUGGCCCGGGACCUGGCCGAGCCCUGCGUGGUACCAGCUCACCUGCUGUUGCGAGACAAGUACCUCCUGCUGCACGAAAGCUGCUCACUGGAGUUGGACGCUCUCGGACCCCCACGGCUGAGCUUGAGAGAACCGCUUAUGGACCGCCAGGUUGUUGCAGCCCUACUGGAUACAUGAACAUGCCCCUGUCAGUGGCCCAUCAUGAGCCUCAGUCAGGAGAGGAAGACCAGUAUGAUGCGGAUCACCUGCGCCGUAUUGCUCGCAGCCUGAGUGGAACGGUCAUCGGGCGUCGCCAGAACCGUCUUGCCGUCUCCCGAAGCUUUCUGGGGGACUCCAGGGUUACGUCAUAUCACAGCUCCAUGUACUCACCUAGUUGCCUUCAGUUUCCAUUGUCUCAUUCAGACCUCCAUCUGCUCCAACCCAGCUGUCUUCAUCUCCUUCCUUCAUCUUCACCCCCGUCUCAGCAGCCUGGGCCUUGCAGAGAGGUCCCAGGACGUCUCCAGAGGUUCUCCGAGUUUCUGGCUGUGUUUGACCGGCGUCAAGCUCUCUCCAGUGGGAAGCGCUGCGGUCCAGCACUGAGGUGUAUUGGAAGACAUCCUCUCUGAAGUUCUCACCCAAACCAAUUGGCUUUGGAUGCAACCAGGUCCUCCAGCCCUGGAACAUUUCCACAGAUUGUUCCCCUGGACGACCCUUCUGCACACCCCAUCCCAUUCUCUUCACAGCUUCCUGGAGAACUGGAAGGAGCACGUCCUGAGACCUGAUGCCAUCCUCAAUCACCCUGCUCUCUGUAUUGUUCCUGGGAUGAUUACCCCGCUGUAGUCGGUAAAUCUUUCCAUGCAGAAGCCCCUGAAGCUCGAUCCACAGCAUGAAGGAAAGAGACACUGAGACCAACUUUUUUCUUUUAUUUACGAGCACUGGGAUGGCGUGAUUCUUUGGGGCUGAGGUGUGUGUGUAUGACUAAGCUACGGUCAGACCUGCAGCAUGCAAUGAUAGGAGCGUGGGGUCCAGAUUUGGACUCCCGCAGUGAGCCAUCCAACCCAGAGCACUUAACUUAAUUAACUCCAUCAUUUAAUUAACUGCAGAGGAGAAGCAUACGGUACCUCCUUGCUGCACUAGACGGUAAAUGUGUGUUUGUGUGUAUGCGUGUGUGCAUGUGUUGGGUGGUAAAAGGGGAGGGGCUUAUUGUAACCCUGCCCUCAUUUAUACUACUGGUCAAAAGUUUAGAAUAAUUACGAUUUUUGAAAGAUGUGAUCAAAAAUACUGUAAAAACAGUAAUACUGCGAAACAUUAUUGCAGUUUAAAGCAACUGUUUUCCAUUUUAAUAUAUUUCAAAAUAAAUAUUAAGCAGCAUGAAAAUAAGGAAUGCAGCAAGUCAGCAUAUUAGAAUGAUUUUUGAAGAAUUAUGUGACACUGAAGAGUUAAGUAAUGUCUGCUGACAAUUCGGCUAUAUCAUUUUAAAUUGUAAUAAUGUUACAUGGUGUUUUUAUAGUAUUUCUAAUCCAAUAAAUGCAGCAUUUGUGAGCUUAAAGGCAUAGUAACCCCAAAAAUGAAAUAGUUGCUCACUCUUCUUGUCUCAUUUGUUGAAUAAAGUUCUUAGUUUUGUUUUCUUUGCACACAAAAAGUAUUCAUGCAGUUUCAUAACAUUAAGGUUGAACCACUGAUGUCACAUGGCCUAUUUUAUCAAUGUCCUUACUACCUUUCUGGGCCCUGAACGUCUCAGUUGCAUUGCUGUCUAUGCAGGGUCAGAAAGCUCAUCCAAAAUAUCUUAAUAUGUGUUCUGAAGAUGAACGAAGGUCUUAAAAAGCAGGUCAUAUGUUUUUUUUUAAAGUGUCCUAAUAUUGUGUUGGAGUCCCCUACAACAUAUUUAAAUGCAUCUAAGGUCAGAAAACAUUGUAAUUUUCUGAGAAUAUACUUUUAUACAUAGUCAUUUGUCAAUGAUUUACCUGGAAACCUAAAGCUGCAAAAGGUAUACAUCACAUAUUAGCACCAAAAAAAACUAGAAAUUUUGAGCACUCAAUUCAAAAUGUACACAUAACGUAUCAAUUGUACUUACAGGUUGUGGCUCAGAAACGUUUGUUAGUCCAAAUAAAGAAGAUAAGAAGCCAAAGAAGGUAAAAGCCAAGACUAGGGAAGCAGUCCUCUGUAAAAUGACGAGCACAACAAAAGGUUUGAGGUGUAUUGUUGUGGUACACUCUUAAAAAUAAAGGUGCUUCACGAUGCCAUAGAAGAACCUUUAACAUCUGAAGAACAUUUAUGUUUCACAAAAAGUUCUUUAAGUUCACAAAGAAGAUUCUUUAGAUUAUAAAAAGAUAAGAUAUGGUUCUUUAAAGAACUUUUGACUGAAUAGUUGUGAAGAACCUUUUAAAGCACCUUUUUUUUAAGAGUGUAUUGUGGAAAAAAUGAACUUUACCCACUGAUUCUUCACAUCAUCAUUAUCUUUUGGCAGUGAAAACAAAACAAACUUGCUUUCACACUGCACAACACAGCGUCUUCUCGACAUGAUGUAAACACUAACUAGUGGAAGUGUGGGCAGGUCAGACAGUUCGUAUUUUGCCGGUAGGCGGGAUUAUGCAAAUGUGUUACAGAAGAUUCGAAAAUAUGACGACUCGUUAAAGCGAUUCUGACUUUAAACUUUCUUUUGAGAGACACUAUCUUUGUUACAAACUGCAAAAGAUUUUAUUUUUCGAAAACCCAUAUGACCUGCUCUUUAAGGGUUUGGAAUGACAUGAGGGUGAGUAAUUUUUGACAGAAUUUUCAUUUUUGGGUGAGACUUUUUUCAAAAACACUAAAACAAUCAUAAUUAUUCCAAACUUUUGACCGAUAGUGUAUUUAAAGAACAUUCUUUACCCUUCCUCCUCGCCUGUUCCACAGAUGCAAGUUCUCAGCAAACCAGCGUCCCGGAUUCGUCGUCGCUUUGCUGAACAUUUUUUUUCCCAACUCUCCUGCGAACGUUUUUUGGUAGCGGGAUGGGUUAAUGUCAUGUACUGUAGAUGCUAAGUACUUCAACCUGUACUAAGUGAAUCGAGAUGUUUUGUACGGUGUCAUCUCUCAGCUCUGGUGCUUUUUGUCGGAGCAGGCAUGUAAAUCUGCGGCCCUGGCGUGGAGCGUGGAAUGAGACUGUCUCUUCUAACCUUUUUCCUCCUACUUCUCUGAUACGGGCAUUCCCUGUAGCACACAGCUGUUUUGUGUCUCGUGUUACAGGCAAAGACUGUGUACAUGUUUGACUGAACACACACUAACAAAUGAAUUUAUUGUUAAUAAAAAACAAAAACUACAACAUCUUAAGAAAUAUACAGAGGAAUGGAGAAACUACGUAAUGACGUUAUGGAAUGUUAAUCAAUUCUAGUGGUAAUAAUUAUUAUCUGCAUUAAGACAAGUAUAGUACACUUCAGAAGUGUAAAGCUGGAGAAAAACUGCUAUUUUAAUUCCAUUGACAGUUCUCCCGUUUAUACAGGGAGAUAUGCCAAGUUAAGCUUCCUUUUUCUUCUUUAUUUUACUUGAUUCGAUUUUUUUGGGUUUUUUUAUUUUAACCUGCAGUGACACUGAAACCACAGCUGUGAGUCUGGCACAUGAUGGAUCUUCAGGCCUGUAAUAGUUGAAGGGUCUCACCCCAUUCGAUUUUUGUAGAAUCUAUAUUAUUUCUAGAUUUUACUGUAAUCAACAGCUGAAGAAUGUGCGGCCCUGAUAGCGUACAUGAAGCUUAUGCAAAGCUUCACUAGCCUGAAAUUUGGACAGUGUUAUGUGUAUGGGGCCUUGAGCAAGAAAUGCUUUCAUACUGUUAUUCAAAUAAACGUAAUGAGAUAUAUUAACGGAAAUCCGAUACUGAUCAACAGAUGUUUCCUAUCACAAUAUAAUAUGAUUAAUGCAGUAUUUCACUUUUCAUUCUAAUCAUAUUGUGCUGUGAUAUGUAUUAUUUUUUUCAUUAAAAGCCUGAAAUUAAAAUGAUUAUAAAGGAUAUAACUUAAAGAGAUCUAGAUCUUAUUUAACUUUGUCUUAACCAAAGAUUGGCUCUAACACAAAGAUAUGUUUUUUGUCAUUUAUUCAUCUUUCCUUUCAUUUAAAGGAUUUUUGAGAAUGUAGCAAAGGUGGUGUAUGAGUAUGCUAUGCAAAAUGCUCUCUCCUGAACUACCAGCAAAGAGUCAGACUGGGACAAAAUCAAAUACUUUUUCUUUGUUUUCCUAUAUACUGAGGAAGAAAAUGAUUUCCUGCUGAAUUGUUGAAUCUUUACUUAUUAAUGUCUGUACAGUUAACAGCCUUUGAAUGCACGUUGUAGCUGGUGGGAGGAGGAUUUCUCAAAGAUGAAAUGGCAUUUCAAGGUUUUCCAUUUGGGACUCAUUUGUAAAUGCUUGAGGUUGAGUGAACUUGUAUUUUUGCAAUAAAGUUAUUACCAAUGCACUCCAGCAGGGGCGCUGCACAAACGCCUA